AUGCCGGGUGGCGGACUUCGACGGACCCACCGGAGGUGUGUCCGUCGAAGUCCGCUGGCUUCCCUCUUAACGUUCUUCUUCUUCUCCUCAGAGCGCUCUGGCGGCCCCUCCGCCUCCCCCCAUCACGCGGAACACGCUUCUUCCGGUGUUGCCAACCUCCAGGCGGCGGCGGGAGAGCUGGGCCUGCGUCGGAGCCGGCAAACACGCGCGCACGCGCACGCGCAGAGAGACAGGGAGGACACGCGCGAGCGUCCCUGCGGGCCGGGCCGCUCUGGGAUCCAGGCCUCCCGGCAGCGCUGGGCAGGUCCGGCUACGCACGCCGGGGCCGGACGGGGAGAGACCACCCGCCAAGGCCCCGCUCCCUUUCUAUGGUCGCUAGGCCGAGGCCUCCUUUCCCCAGCCGCGAGCGCCACCGGAAAAGGCCGUCCUGCGAGGGCCGUCCCCCCCCCCACCGAGGGGCCCUUCCGAGGAGGGCCGUCCUCCCCCCACCGUCCCGGAGCCAGAAGAGCGGAGGAUCGCCAACUCUCUUCUACGCCUCUGGAGAUUCUGCUGUUCCUCAAUGGCUGGUAUUAUGCCACAUAUUUCUUGCUGGAGAUCUUCAUAUUUGUCUAUAAGGGACUGCUGUUGCCAUAUCCCUCUGCAAAUCUGGCCUUGGACCUGGUUAUGCUUUUCCUCUACCUUGGAAUUGAAGUUGCCCGGAUAUUCUUUGGGUCAAAAGGGAACCUGUGUCAGCGGAAAGUGCCGCUCUCUAUCAGCUUGGCUCUAACCUUUCCAGCAGCUGUGAUGGCAGCCUACUAUCUUCUGUUGCAGACCUAUGCUCUGCGUCUGGAGGCCAUCCUCAACGCUAUCCUCCUUCUCUUCUAUGCCGUUGAGCUGUUUCUAGGCGUUCUUACCCUGACUUCCUUCUCCAGUUUGGACUCCUACUGAAAUGGUACCCUUCUUGGAUGGUAUUGCAUGGAAUCAUGUGCUCUUCGUGUAAGAAAGAGGCUGCAUGAGCCUCCCAUUGUCAUGGGUGUCUGUGGCUCAAUAUCAUUUCCUUGAAAAUGCUGGAAGACAAUACAGCCACUGUUCUGUUCCAGCUAGGAGACCACCAGGACAGUGUUCAAGAAAUCGCCGGAACCAUUACUAGCCACAGACCCAGUAUCACCUUUACAUCCCAGCUGAAGGAUAACAAGUUCCAUUCAGAUUUUACAAUGUGGAAAUUUAACUCCUGAGAGUUCAGGUUAUAGCUGCAGCUGCUGUAUCCUUUGACUCUUUGGUACAGUAUAAUCUGACGGUAGGAUCCACUGUGUUUCUAGCAUGUGUGCAGUGACUGUCACUGGGGCAUCUUUGCCCAGUCUUUCCUGUGUGUGCCCUCCUGCGCCCAGUCCCUGAAAGGGGGGGGGGGAGAAUGACAGUAAGGGCAGAGGGGGCUCUGUGCUCCCGGGUCCCCGUUCAGUAUUGUUAGUGUGCGUAUAAGUGAUUUGUGGCACUUUGUUUUUCUACU